AUGCCAAGGCGACUUGAGCACAAUCGCGACGGAAAACGACCCAAAUGUACCCCAUGUCACCGCAUUGCGCGUGAUUGCCAUUGGCUUCAGGAAGGAGGCACAACAACAGCGCCGGUAGUUCCAGUCUACCAAUCGAGCCCUUUGAGCGCAGCUACUCCCCAUGAAACCGAAUAUACCUCCACGGAGCAUCCUGAGUAUGCCUUACAGGACCCACAAGUUGCCAAAUUAUUCCGCCACUACAUAGCAACCUUGGCCGCGUGGUAUGAUCUCAAUGAUAGCAAGCGCCAUUUCAAGGAUGUUGUUCCCGUCAGGGCGAGAUAUAAUCCGCUAUUGCUCAGUGCUAUUCUCGCGUUUGCUGCUGCUAAUCAACACCGCACCCUUGGCGAAGAAGCGUAUCUGGAUAUUGCUGAAUUCUACCACUAUGAUAGUGUGCGGAGAUUGAUCUCCCUCACGAAGAAUAUCGAUAGCAUUCCUCUUGGCGAAACACUCGCCGCCAUUUGUCUUUUGCGAUCUUAUGAAAUUAUCACACAAAACGUCAGCUCUCAGAGUCACCUGCAAGGAUGCUAUUCUCUACUAGCGAGUCAGCGUAUCCAUCUCACAGCAGACCUACUCAGCGCAGGUUAUUGGAACUACCUCCGAGAAGACAUCACAGUGGCUCUCAUAGAGCAACGCGGUUUAAUGAUCACUCUGUCCAAUCAAAAUGCCCCAGCAGAACCAACCGAGGAUGCGGACUUUGCUAGUUCCAUCACAUUCCUGCUCGGCAAGAUUAUCAACCGGUGCCUGGCAGUCGAUUCACAAGCAUUAGCCCCCCUCGAAUGGGAAGCCAUGAAAUCUGAACUAGACAAGUGGAAAGCAUCACUCCCGUCAUCGUUCGACACGAUACAAACCCCCGGGCUCGGGAAACAGAGUAGCUUCCCGUCUAUUUGGACACUGCGAAGCUGGCAUACGUCGACUCUCCAUUACUACCAUACCGCCAUGGGAAUUCUAUGGUUGGCUCAGCCUGCAGCUCAACCCUUGAAAGCUCUACAACGCAUCGACGAUAUGGAAUCUAUACAGCGGAAGUUAGAAUACCACGCGACGGAGAUUUGUGCCCUGGCCCUUUCGAGCGACUCCGCACCCGUCUGGGUCAAUGCUUUUGGCCCGAUUGCAUUCUAUUGCCCUUGGCUUCGCGAUACCCAGAAGCGCGUGGAAAUGGCAGGAGAGUUGGAAAAGUGGGGGAAGCUGACCGGGUGGCCGGUUUCCAUUAUAGCGGAUGCUCUUUCUCCGCCAAGCACAACCUCGAUGACACUUUAG